UACUGUAGCAUGUAGUGUAAAAGAUAUCUUUAGUCUAACCUAACCUAACCUCAAUAUCUUGUAGACUGUAACACUGUAGCAGUACCAAAUUUUCAAUACAGUAAUCGGUGGUUCAUUCCAGCAAAAAUCAAUCACGUGAUGGUUUAAUACAUGCAUGAUGAGCGCCCAAGUGGAGUUCACGUGGAUGGAGAGAACAAUAAUCAUCCAAACACAGCAGCUAUGGAGUAUGGCGGUCGAGUGGAUGCAGCUCUCGUCUCCCGUUUAAUAGUUUUUUAAUUUUUUUUAUCCUGGGCAUUCCCAGUUCACCCAGCUGUAAAUAGGUACUGAGUUUACUUGGAGAAGUGCAGCACCGGCCUUGCUGUAUCUACUCUGUCCCUAACAGGCAGUCAUGACUAUGGGACCUACUUUCACAUAAUUGUAACUUUGUGCAGCAUGAUGGAUACAAACACUACACCUCAGAAGACUUCAGUGCCUUUGCAUAUUGUAUCUCCACUUAUAUCCAGCACAACUUUGUCUAAACAUUGUGGGCGACAAGUUCUUCUAAAGCUUGAUAACACUCAGCCUUCAGGAUCCUUCAAGAUUCGAGGGAUAGGAAAUUUAAUCCAAAAAGGCAUUGAGAAAGGUUAUGACCAUGUUGUUACAUCAUCUGGAGGAAACGCAGGGAUGGCUGCUGCUUAUGCUUCUCGGAAGAUGGGAAUACCAGCAACAGUUGUCAUCCCAGAGUCUACACCAAAGUUCAUGAUUUCUCAGCUACAACAAGAGAAUGCAGAUGUUAUUGUACAUGGUCCUGUAUGGAAUGUUGCUCAUGAGAAAGCUGAAGAACUUGCCCAAAAUGAAACUUGUUGUUUAGUGCAUCCAUUUGAUCAUCCUGAUAUAUGGGAAGGACAUAGUACUUUAGUAAAUGAAAUACUGGAACAAAGCCCUGAGAAACCAGCUGCUAUUGUUGUGUCUGUGGGUGGUGGCGGACUCCUGUGUGGCAUCAUGAAAGGCCUCCAUGAAAAUAAUGUUGCAGAUAUCUCAGUGGUAGCUAUGGAAACUGAUGGUGCUCAUUCCUUAAAUGCAGCUUUAAAAGAAGGGAAGCCAGUGUCUAUUGGUGAUAUCACUAGCAUUGCUAAGACAUUGGGUUCAUUGAUUGUGGCUCAGGGAGUGUUUGACCUUAAGCAGGACAUCCAGUUGUCAUCUCAUGUCAUUUCUGACAAACAAGCUGUAGAAGCUUGUUCCAAAUUUAUAGAUGAACAUCGUAUGCUUGUGGAACCUGCAUGUGGAGCAGCAUUAGCAGCUGGAUAUUCUGGCAUCAUCCAAGAACUAAUAUCAAAAGACAUCAUCCACAAAGAUGGACCAAUUAUAUUUGUUGUAUGUGGUGGUAAUGUUGUGACUCUGGAGUUACUAAAGAUUUGGAUGAAUCAGUUUAAGUAAACAAGCCACAUAGUUCAAGUUUUGUCGGGAAUUCUUUGUCAGGACAUAGUUGUUAUGUAUGUAUUUCUACUUUAUUUUAUUUAUGUAUAUUUUAUGGUAUUUUAUUUUUUUGUAUUUAGUUUUUCCAUCAACCUUUAGGAGUAACUGACUUACUAUAAAUAUUGUUUGAAUGGAUGUUAAAAUAUUUUUAUAUACCUAUACUGUGUAUAUGGAAUGCAAAAAUUAUUGUAAUUUCUGAGUACAGUACAGUAUAAUUCGAUGCCUGUACUUCUUCCUUCAAUCUUUGUAAGCAUUGACCAGCAUGUAUUGAUCAAGUUCAAAAUAUAUAUCUAUUCUGUAUGUACAAUAUAUAUUUAUAUACAUACAAUAUUAUAUACAGCAACACAUGUGAACAUGAAAUAACUUUUCACUCAUCAAACAGAAAACUCUUUGGCAGACACUAAUAAAAAAUAGACUUUUUGUUUAUGCAUCAAAA